UUUUCCUCCUCUCACUUCUUUCCUUUCGUAACCUUACUACCCCAUACUCAUAUCACUUUACACGCUUCUUUAUUGCUUUCAACUGCAGUUUUCUUCCUUCAUUUCAUCCCUUCUUAGUUACCACAUCUUCAAUUCAACUGUACUUUCCAAUCGUGUUUGUAAAAAUACUUCUUUUUUCUUUUCAAAAACUCCCUUUAUGACUGUAAAAUUCCAAUUUAUCCGUCUGAAGCCUGGAGAUCUUAUAGUCUACUGCCUCCAUGACAGGCACUAACAUGAGGAGUUCCUAACAUGACUACUGUACCUACUGCUGAUCUAACUGAUGCAAAUACAACACAUGUAGCGAAUGGUGAUUUGAGGGUGCUACAUCCGGUGUUCAAGGUUUAUGGUCAGGUCACGUCGUUCUCUGGUCCCAUUGUAACUGUGAAGGUGUUUGAGGACAACGUGUUGGUGAGGGAACUUCUUGAGACCAAAGGGGGAGGAAGAGUAUUGGUCGUUGAUGGAGGGGGAAGCUUGAGGUGUGCUUUGCUGGGAGGGAAUUUGGCACAGAUAGCACAUAGCCAUGGGUGGGCUGGAAUUGUGGUGAAUGGAUGCGUUAGAGAUGUGGAUGAGAUCAAUGCAUGUGGCAUUGGCGUCAGAGCCUUGGCUUCUAAUCCACUCAAAUCCAACAAAAAAGGCACUGGGGAAAAGAAUGUCCCUGUUUACGUUGGGGGAACAUUUAUUCGGGAAGGAGAAUGGUUGUAUGCAGACAAUGACGGCAUCCUCAUAUCAAGAUUUGAGUUGUCAAACUAAAAAGUUAGUUAAGUCUUGUUGCCAUUGGGAUGCUUUAUCAGAUUUGAAGUCAUGGUAAGUUUGAUUUAAUUUGUGAUGGUAAAUGGAAAUGCUGUGUGGAAAGAAUAAAACUUAAUUUAUUGCGUGAACUAAGUGUCUGUUUCUCUGUUAAUUGUUUGGAGUUAGGGGAUUCAUAUAGAAGUAUGUCAAUGGUUUUGACCAAACUUUCUAACCCAAGUAUACACAGGAUAUCAUCACAUAAUCAAACUAAAAACAAAUUAGUUUAUAAAGAUUUCUUCGGAUUGUGAACUUUCUUACUGUUCGAAUGGUGGAAAAAGUAUUACUUCGGAAAAAAAUAGGAGCAGAAUCAUCCUUCGAUAUCUAAACAGGCUGAGUUCAAUAGUAUGUGUAAAUAAUACCAUUACUCUCAAUGAAACAGCAACUGCUAUUUCAAAUUACAACGAUAGAACACUUAAUCUAAACGUUAUGAAUCUUUCUCUAUUUUCUGGCAGAUGUUGCUGGCUAAGGAGAAUGCCCUUCAAAGGCUUUUGCAUUGUAUCCAUAAUAAAUUCUAACCGUUUUUUUGCUCAUAAAGAGAUCUUUCAUCCUCUAUUGGUGAUUCAAGAAUUUGAACAGAUAAACUCAGUCCAACACUAAGGAGGCUACUGGUCGUUUUAUAAAGGGCUCACAAGGAAGAGAGAUAAAACCUGAUACCACACAACCACCACUUCAAAAUCUGAUAGAAGUCAUCCCUUUUAACCUUCGAUUGGUCUGUCCAUAGCAGCCUGCAACUC